AUGGAGGUGGUGUCCGCCUGCCUGUGUCGCGUGCCCCAUCUGCUGCUGCUGCUGCUGGCCUCCCUGUGCGUGUGCACCCCUCCUCCCCCGGCCUCCGCCAUGCUGUGCCCCAAGCGCUGCACCUGCCAGAACCUGAUGCCCUCCUACACGGUGCUGUGCGCCAAGACGGGCCUGCUCUUUGUGCCGCCCAACGUGGACCGGCGCACGGCCGAGCUGCGGCUCAUGGACAACUUCAUCACGACGCUGCGGCACCGCGACUUUGCCAACAUGACCAGCCUCAUCCACCUGACGCUGUCGCGCAACACCAUCAGCCAGAUACGGCCGUACACCUUCGCCGACCUGCAGGAGCUCCACGCGCUGCACCUGGACGCCAACCGGUUGACGGUGCUGGACGACACGCACCUCCAGGGCCUCAUCAACCUCCGCCACCUGAUCCUGGCCAACAACCAGCUGCACAGCAUCUCCGAGGGGGCCUUCCAGGACUUCCUGGAGACCCUGGAGGACCUGGACCUAUCCUAUAAUAACCUGGUGGACGUUCCCUGGGAAACCAUCGGCAUGCUGGUGAGUGUCAACACGCUGAGUCUGGACCACAACCUGAUCGAGCAUGUGCCAGAAGGCAUCUUCUCCAACAUGCACAAGCUGGCUCGCCUGGACAUGACGUCGAACAAGCUGAAGAAGAUCCCCCCAGACCCACUGUACAUGCGCAGCCCCGUGUACGCGCAGGCCAAAGGCACGCCGCUCACUGCGUUGGUGCUGAGUUUUGGCGGGAACCCGCUGCAUUGUAACUGCGAGCUGAUGUGGCUGAGGAGGCUAACGCGUGAGGACGAUCUGGAGACGUGCGCGUCGCCACGCGACCUGGCAGGGAAGUACUUCUGGACCAUACGGGAGGACGAGUUCACCUGUGACCCACCCAUGAUCACGAGGCACAGCCCCAAGACCUUCGUGAUGGAGGGCCAGCGGGUGAGCCUGCGCUGCAAGCCCAUUGGCGACCCGGAGCCGUCCACCCACUGGGUGAGCCCGGACGGGAAGGUGAUCGGCAACACCACCCGCACUACCUGCUACGAGAACGGCACCCUGGACAUUCACACCACCACCGUCAAGGACUCAGGCCUCUUCACCUGCAUCGCCUCCAACGCCGCCGGAGAAGCCACCGAGAAGGUGGAGUUGGUGGUGAACCCUUCGCCGCACUUCGACCCCAAGCUGGAGCCCGAGCCGGGCCCCUCGGACAUGCCCACGUCCAUCAAGUCCAACGCCAGCGGCGGGCACCCCCGGAUGGGCGACCACCAGCGGGUCAGCGUGUCCGACGUGACCUCCACGUCCGUGGUGGUCCACUGGCCACCGCAGCACCACAUCCCCGGGGUGCGCAUGUACCAGAUCCAGUACAACAGCUCCACCGACGACAUCCUCAUCUACAGGAUGAUUCCAUCGAAUCACAAGCUCUUCCAGCUGAGUGACCUGGCGUCUGCGCGUGACUACGACCUGUGCGUCCUGGCGGUGUACGACGACGCCCACGGGCUCACCACGCUGACCGCCACACGAUUGGUCGGCUGCGUCGCGUUCUCCACCGAGCGCGACUACCACCAGUGCCGAUCCCUACAUGACCAGUUCCUGGGCGGCACCAUGAUCAUCAUCAUCGGCGGCAUCAUCGUGGCCUCCGUGCUCGUCUUCAUCUUCAUCCUGCUGAUGAAGUACAAGCUCCACAGCAACCACUACAAGCAGAAGGCGGCGCGCGUCAGCAACGUCUGCUCCCAGACCAACGGAGGCCAAGCCGCCGGGAACCUCGGCGCUGGAGGAGGAGGUGGGGUGCCCCAUCAUCAACAUCAUCAUGGGGCCAGUGUGGUGGCCAAGCUCCAGGGAUCGGUGCUGGUGGGGGGGGACAGGCACGCGGAGGCCUCGGAGGGGGGAUGCUACGGGGCGCUGAAGGGCACGACGGUGGUGGACUUAAACCCGGAGUACCGCAAGACGGUGAAGGACGACGACGCCAUUUCGCAAUAA